CGACCGCGAUAUUAUCGUCUUGAUUGCCGUCGAGCUCGACGGCGCUCUGAAUUGUCGAGCCUUGCUUCUUCCUUUCUCUCGUCUCUUCGAAUUGAAACUGACCCUAAUUCUGUUCUUCAUUAGUCUAUUGGUGUAAAUCUACCCAAAUCUUUGUGGGAUGUCGCAGUGGGGCCAACCUGGAUUCCAGUACCCUAUGCAAACGGGUUAUCCUGGCGUUCAACAGCAACAACAGCAGCAGCAAUUCCAGCCAGGUCAACAACCAAACCAACAUGCUCUGUUUCAGCAAUCUCCAGCAAAUUUUGGUGGCCAGCCCGGCGCUGUCCCAUCGAUGGGUGCAGGGUUUGGCGGGAUUGCAUCUCAGCCCACUGGAUAUCCCGGAGCGCGCCCACCAGCGUUCCUUCAGCCUCAGCAAACCGCAUUUCAUGGUGGGCCUGGUGGGCUUCUGCAAGCUCAGCCGACGGGGUUCCCAGGUGCGCAGACGGGUUUUGGUCAGCGGCCUCCACCGCCUCCCGUUCCUUCUAUUCCCAGUCAAUUCCAACAGAACUAUCCUCCGCCUCCACCACCUCCUGCGCCCCAACAGCAGCAGUCCUCAUUUCUCAAUCCCGCGCAGAACAGGUUUGGAGGACCGAGCCUUGGCCCUCAGCCAACAGGACUCGUUCCACAACCCACCGGCUUCGCAGGGCGCGCACCAGCACCUCUUAUGCCACAGAUGACUGGUUUCGUGGAUCCCAGAUUGCAAAUGAUGUCCAGUUCGUUCAUGCCUGCCAACUUGUCUGCGCCAUAUGCUGCAGGCGGUGCGCCGCAACUUCAGCCCGCUCCUCAACAGCAAUUCGGCGGUUUGUCGUUGCAACAAAGUUUCCAGCAGCAUAACCAGCAGCACGGAAGGGGGACUACGCCAAAAGUACCAUGGGCACUGAGUAAGGCGGAGAAGAAGAGUUACGAUCAGAUCUUCAGAGCAUGGGAUGCGCAGGGCACUGGCUUCAUCAGCGGGCAGACGGCGUUGGAAGUGUUUGGACAGAGUGGUCUCGACAGGAAUGAUCUGGCGAAAAUUUGGUCCCUCGCUGAUGCUGAUAAUCGAGGCAAGCUGAACCUCGCUGAGUUCCAUGUAGCAAUGGGUAUCAUUUAUCGCAGACUCAAUGGAUCAGAAAUCCCGGACGAGCUCCCUCCAGAACUUGUGCCCCCAUCUUCUAGAGAUCUCGACACAUCUGUCAAUUUCCUUAAAGAUAUCUUAAAAAACGAUACUCGUGCUAGAUCCCCAUCUGCUCUCGAUACACCAGUUUCUCGACUUAAAGAACGCUCUUUCACCUCAUCUUCAACAACGCUGACGCAACAAGGUGGCCGUCAAGAUGCUACGGUGUACCGACAUGAAGAUGUCCCGCCUCCCGGUGGGUUCUACCAGUCAUCUGUUCGACACAUCGAUCGCAACGCUGUCCGGUCGCAAUCAGACGAAGCCAACCCAGCUUCGUCGGAUAUCGCUUCAUUAAAGCGCCAGCUUCUUAAUACACAAAAGAUGCUCGACGACAACCUUUCUUCGGAACGUGAAUCGGAUCAACUUGAUCGGGACCUUGAGGAUUUGCGCUACCGUAUUAAGCGCCUUCAGGAGGAUCUCGAGUAUGUAUCUCGCGGGACCCGGACAACGACAAAGGACGAGGAAAGAAGGAGGAUUGAGAGGGAGCUUAUGAGGCUUAUGCAUGAAGAUGUUCCUGAGCUCGAGAGGAAAGUUGAGGAACGUGAGGCAAGGAGAGAGAGGGAAAAGAGGAAGUGGGCGAACGAGAGGGACAAGCGGAAUGAGAGGUUUGGACGUUUUCGCAGGGGAGGAAGGCAGUCGGUAUAGUCCCUGCCCCUGAGUCCAGGUACGGUACCGAGGACGAUCGACCAUAUUCGAGGAGUGGGUCGAGGCACGAGAGGGACGAAAGGGACUAUUAUGACCGUGACGGGAAGAAAUCGUAUAGGUCUGAGGAGAGCGAUCGGCAACUCG